AACACAUUCUUUCAGUUUGUGAUAUCUGUCAUAGUGGCAUACCUCGGCGGCUACGUCGUCUGUUACGGCAUGCUCUCUAUCAUCCGCCCUUGCUCUGCUCACGGAAUUAUCAACCAGGCCUUUGAGAUCGCCGCUCGCCAGGAUUACGCCCUCAACAACGCCAUGAACCUUGCCCACUGCAACAUCCAGCUUGAGAAGCGCAGCUACAUUGACGAGGCUGCCUAUCGCCGCGCCCAGCUUGCCGAUACCUUUCGUCACCUGGGCAUCACCGUGCGUGAUGUCGACUCCGUCCUGAAGACCGAUCAUGAGAUCACUGACGACAGCGUCAACUGGCGCACUCCUGACGUCGAUAUAUUCGCUACCCGUGAUGACGGCUGCGUUCUUAGCAUCGAGACUACUGAGGGACCUUUCUACGUCGAGGGAGAGCUCGACCGCUUCGACUUGACCGAUGGCCAGUCUGGCAUCCCCAUGUACCUGGACCUUCAGAUCAUCGACACCGAGACCUGCCAGCCUGUCCCCGACAUCUGGGUUGAAGUCUGGCACACCAACUCCACUGGCAUCUACUCUGGCGUUGUCUCCAAUGCCAACGGUGCAGGUGAAGCCGACCCCUCCAACGGCGACAAGACCUUCCACCGCGGCCUCCGCAAGACCAACGCCGACGGCGCCGUCUGGUUCGGCACCAACCUGCCCGGCCACUACUCCGGUCGCACCCCCCACAUCCACAUCAUGACCCACGUCUCCGGCACCGAGCGCCUUGCCAACGGCACCAUCCAGGACAACGUCGCGACCCACGCGGGCCAGCUCUUCCUCGACCAGAAGCUCGUCGAUACCUUCCGCAAGCACGAGCGCUAUGCCGACAACGAGCAGACUUUCAUCGAGAACAAGCAGGAUUACUACUUCCGUCAGGAGGCGAACUUCACCGAUCCUGUCAUGAGCUACAUCUUGCUCGAUCACAAGGAUCGUGAUAUCGAGAAGGGCGUCAUGGCUUGGAAGCUUGUGGGUGUGAACAUGACUAAUGUUCGCGAGAUCCACGUCGCCAACAAGUUGGAGGGUUAGGUUGGGAAGUGCUAGGUUCGCCGGUUUUACAGAACGGUGGCUACUACAUCACUUUGAAUCAGUCUUUUGCCUCAUUGCUUUUAAAGCUCCUCAUCGAUAGCUUAGAUGGAUGGGUCUGUCUCACGCCGACGCGACAUGGAGAUAAAUGGCCUUUCCGAGAAACCAUCAAUGCGUC